AUGUCUGUGAUUCUAGCGUCAGCAGGUUAUGAUCAUACCAUAAGGUUUUGGGAUGCAUUAACGGGUGUCUGCUCAAGAACAAUUCAACAUCCAGAUUCACAAGUAAAUAGAUUGGAAAUCACAUCAGACAAGCGAUACCUUGCAGCUGCUGGUAAUUUAUACGUCAAACUUUAUGAUAUACGGCAGAAUGGUUCAUCUGGCAAUGGAGGUUCUAACAACGUUUCAAAUGGAGGUACUACAAGUAAUCAACAAGGAUCUGCAUCAUCUAAUAACAACAACAAUAAUUCUAAUAAUAAUCCAGUGAUGACAUUUGAAGGUCAUACUACAAAUGUUACAUCAUUGGCAUUCCAAGCAGAUAAUAAAUGGAUGGUUACAUCUAGUGAGGAUGGAACUGUUAAAGUUUGGGAUGUUAGAUCUCCAUCUGUACAAAGAAAUUAUAAACAUAAUUGUCCAGUAAAUGAAGUUGUAAUACAUCCAAAUCAAGGUGAAUUAAUAAGUUGUGAUCAAGAUGGAAAUAUAAGAGUUUGGGAUUUAGGAGAAAAUCAAUGUACUCAUCAUUUAAUACCUGAAGAUGAUGUACCUAUAAAUUCUUUAAGUGUAGCAAGUGAUGGAUCAAUGUUAGUUGCAGGAAAUAAUAAGGGGAAUUGUUAUGUAUGGAAGAUGCAAAAUCAAAAAGAUUUAACAUCUUUAACACCUGUUACUAAAUUUAGAUCACAUCUGAAAUAUAUUACAAGAGUCUUGUUAAGUACAGAUAUGAAACAUUUAGCUACAUGUUCUGCAGAUCAUACUGCUAGAAUUUGGUCAACUGAACAAAAUUUUGCAUUAGAAACUACAUUACAAGGACAUCAAAGAUGGGUUUGGGAUUGUGCAUUUAGUGCAGAUAGUGCAUAUUUAGUUACUGCUUGUUCUGAUCAUUAUGUUAGAUUAUGGGAUUUAUCAAAUAGUGAAACUGUAAGACAAUAUAAUGGACAUCAUAAAGGAGCUGUUUGUGUUGCAUUAAAUGAUGUAUGA